GGUAUCCGUCAUCAAUUCUUCAGCAGCCUCCCGAAAACCAAAGGGGUUUGCGGAACGAAACAGUCGCUGUACAAGUAAACGAAUGCUGACAAUGUUCACUCGUCUAGUUCGAGGCGGCAAUCGGGGCGACGCUAGGACUGGUAGACAAUGCGUGGGUAAUGUGCAGGUUACUGUACUGGUAUGCCUAGGAAUCGUGCUCGGCAGGACGCUGUUGAUUCAACAGCAAGUCUUCAAUGUACCGAAUGAUCCUACUCUGCUCAUCCAGAUAGAUGCAUUGCUCUCAGCGUUGGAUACACCGAGAAACCGUACUACUCCAACUACUUCGAACGGUGGCAAUCUGACUGUGUCUUACAACUUGAAAGUUUCCUCGCCACCUUUGACAAACCAAUCCCUUUUGUGUGACGAAUGUUUACAGAUUGUUCAACGUGCACCCCGUAUCAAGCUUGCUAAGACCGCCUCAAGGAAUACAACAUCUCCAGCUCUAGAUGAGUAUCAUCGUCUUCGACGUGAGCGCAGACAUCCCUUCCAAGGUGCCCUGGAUGCCCAUGGCCGGUCUGGUUUCCAAUACGACGUGACCAGUUUACGACGGAACCCGCCCUCCUUCGUAGAAAGCUUUCCCAAUCUCACGGCCGAGUGUCUCCGGCGCGACGACGAAUACUACGCACUCCAAAGACUUCGGAUUCAUUCACCUUCACCAGAACAAUCAAUUACCGCCACUCAACUAUCGCAAUCGUCUACUCCGGCGAGAAUACUUUGCAUCGUCUACAGUAGCGAGCCAUUUCAUCACAAGCUGCAGGCCGUUCGACAGACCUGGGCUCAUAAAUGUGACGGCUUCGUUGCUGCGUCCAACUUUACCGACCCCACUUUCGAUGCGGUCAACAUCGUCCACAAUGGUCCGGAACAGUACAACAAUAUAUGGCAGAAGGUACGCUCCAUUUGGGCUACGAUAUAUGAGUUGUACUACGAGGAUUUUGACUGGUUCCAUCAUGGCGUUGAAGAUAUGUGGGUUAUGGUUGAAAAUUUGCGUAUGUAUUUGGAAAGUGACGAGAUUCGAGCCGCUGCCAACGGAGGCGUCUCCAACGCACCGUUGUUGGGCAACCAGUCCAGCAGCAGUCCACUCGUACCAUCGGACCAAGUACCUCUGUAUUUGGGCAGUCGUCUUGCUCGUGCCGCAAAUGUUCAAACAUUGUUCAACUCCGGUGGACCAGGGUACACACUCAAUAAGGCCGCGUUGAAGCUACUGGUGACGGAGGGAUUACCCGUCAUGUACAAGGAUGUGGUGACGUCUGCCGAAGACGUUAAAGUUGCGGAAAUCUUUCGACAGUUUCGCAUCCUUCCGUAUCCGACACACGAUCGUGAUGGCGGAGAACGGUAUCAUCAUUUUACUCCAGGUCUGCAUUAUCUGCCAGCCAUGCCCAAGCCACACGACUGGCUUGACAUGUGGGCACGACCCUUGGGACGCCGAGGUGGAGCCAAUCACUCGUCCGUGUACAGCAUUGCGUUCCACCAAGUCAAACCGGAUGAAAUGUUCCGAUUCCAUGCGCUUGUGUAUGGUUAUUGUGACAACAUAGACAAGAAGUGA